UGGAAGUGAUGAGAGGAAGGGGAAAGGGAAAUCGCAGUUCACAUUAAUCGGAUUCAAACCCACAAGACUUGGUUAGGAAACUUUUCAUAUAUGCACUUUGGCCAACCCAUUGAUCUAGUAAUAACUCGAUUUAGCUAAAACCUGAGUUGCCCACCCCAGGAAAGCAUGCGCAAAUUCAAAUUAGAUUUUGUUUUGUUGCAUCAUUAGUUUUUCCAUUUUAUCAGUAGGAAAAAAAAAAAAACCCUAAGCACUGGUAGUGGGUGUGGGUUUAUAUUUUAUACUUGAAUGAGGGUAAUGGGUGGAGUAUUUUAUAAUUUACACAAAAUCUGUUUCAUGAUUUUCACAAUAUAUGCACACACCCAACAACAACUGAAUUAAAUUAAUGUGAAUAAUUUUGCAUCGUUUAUUGAAUGAGUAAUAUUAAAACAUACCUUAGACACAGACUAACGAACUAAUGUAAUUUGUCAACUGUAUUGGUCGAGACAACCACUUAAUAUUCCAUCGCUUCAGUUGUUAUGUUCCAUCACACACAGCUAUAUGGACCUAAACUCAUGUUCCUCCUUGUUAUAUAGAUAACCACACAUCUCUUUCGGCUAAUUGCUACAGUUGAACUAAAUGGGUUGGAGAAUAUGGCUUGAGAAGAAGCAGCUCUGGAUUCAACUAUCGUUUUACCUCCUCACCACCACCCUCCUCAGCCUCCUCCUCCCUCUCUCAUUUCUCCUUGUAGCAAGACUCUCAACCUCCUACUCUCUCUUCAGUUUAGACCCUCAUCCCAUCACACACCCUUCCAAUCUUUCCUCUAUCAUAAUAUCUCUCUUCAUUGAAACAAACCCUUCUCUCCUCCACGCUCUCGUUUUUCUCAUCGCCGCUGCCACCCUCUUCCACGGCUUGACCGGUCAGACACUGUUUAUAGCCGAGCCACCGGAGCCCAAUUCUCGGCCCAAUUUGUGUAUUUCAUGGAUUUUGCUCUGUACUUUACAGCUCUGCAUUGGUUUGGGCAUUGAAGCGAUCAUAGCAGCUGGGAUUGAUGGCGAUGGUUUUGGUCACGAGAGAAAUUCGUCAGGCAGAAUUGUCUUUGUCUUUCUCCUAGGGUUGCACGAGACUAUGCUAUAUUGGUGGAGGGGGGUGGUGAAGCCGGUGGUUGAUGACACAGUUUUCGGGUUUUUGAGGGAGGAGAGGUGGGUGGAGAGGGCAGUGAUGGGUUGUGGGUUUGGCGCGUUAUGGUGGUGGAGGUUGAGGGAUGAGGUUGAGAGUCUGGUGGAUAUGGUGGAGUACGAGAGUGAGACGCCAAUGGGUGUUGGGAUUGCUGGCAUUGUUGGGUGGUGGUUGUAUUACCUAAUUGUGACCAUUGGAAUGGUGAGGAUUGUGAAGGGAAUAAUCACUUGGGUUGGAGUGAUAUUGCUUUACAGGCUGGAAGCUGCAAACCCCGAUGACGAUGUUGAGAACGAAGAUCUAGAGGAGGUCUAAACCAAAUUUGUUACUAUAUAUUCCACUUUUCACUUUGAAUUUGUAAAUUUGUUCUAUACACUUUAGAUGCCAGGCCCUGAUUAAAAAAAACAAAAACAAAAAAACUUAAUAGUUGCCUGGCCGGAUUCUAUCCGUCCGUUUCAAUUUGAUUUUGCUGAUCAAGGAAAUUCCACUGUAUAUCUUGUUACUUUCACCCACAAAUCCUUUGUUGAAAUAUUUUCAGAAGAAAGUGCUUUCUUAA